AGAACUAUCAUAAUAUCUCGAAAAGAUUUUGCAUUCAUAUUGAUUAAGAAGAAAAAAAACAGCAAAAAAAGUAAUCUUUAGAUAUUUUGAUUCUUCAUAAGUUUGCACUAAUUGCCUGGAUAGUUCAAUGAACAUAUACGGUAAAUAAAACCAGAUGGCACGUGGCGUUCCAUAUCACUUUCACACAUUUUCUCGAAAUCACUUCAAAGUUCACUCCGAAAAUCGAUCCGAAAUCGAUAUCGUAACUUGGCUUUCAUAAUGUCUGUGAUGCUGAUUUUGGCUCCCGGAGCGGAGGAGAUGGAAACUGUCAUUCCAGUUGAUGUUCUGAGACGUGCUGAGGUUAAAGUCACUGUGGCAGGAUUGUUUGGCAAGGAUCCAGUGAUUUGCAGCAGAAAUGUCACCAUCGUUCCUGACGUCACUCUGGAUGAAGCUGUUUCACAGGGACCUUAUGAUGUUAUCAUACUUCCAGGGGGUGGGCCAGGAGCAAAGAAUCUGUGUGAGUCCAAGAAAGUUGGUGAACUGUUGAAGGCACAGGAGGAUUCUGGGAGGAUCAUCGCAGCUAUCUGUGCUGGACCAACGGCAUUGAUGACACAUAGUGUUGGAGUAAAGAAAACAAUUACUUCACACCCUGGAGUUAAAGAGAAACUUGAAAAUAGUGGUCUAUUCACCUAUAGCGAAGACCGAGUUGUGCGAGAUGGUAAACUGAUAACAAGCCGAGGACCGGGGACGGCCUUUGAGUUCGCGUUAGCAAUCGUAGAGCAGCUCAAAGGGAAGGAAAUGGUUAACAAGAUCGUACCACCGAUGCUCCUUCAAGUUUGAAAGUAGUCUUGCAAACACAUUAGUGCCAGUCGGAGGUUGUAGCUGGUCACAUGAUGAAAUACAGCAACUCAGACAUUAUCAAGAGUGCUCUGGUUAAGGCAAGUUUAUUGGGUAGUUACGCAUACCUGACACAAUCAUGAAAUUUAAUUUCUUUAUUGACUGAUGGUCAUAUGGCUAUUUGCAGUAUACAGGGGGAGCGAACUGACCAAUACUGUGUGCGAUCUCUCAUUGACAGUGUGUUAUGAAAAGCAGGUCUUGAAAUAUACCUUUUUGAGAUAACUAUUAAUAACACAGAAAAUAUAUUUGUCUGUUAUUCUAUUUGUAUAGAGGAGCUUUAAUGUUUUUAGAGGAAAAGUUCUUGUUUUGCUACUUCAUACCAUUAUCAUUGAGGUAUUAAUGGAUUAAGUUGUGAAUAACAGUGAUAUCAUUCAAAUGGGCCUAUUUUACAAGACUAAUUGCUCAGAAUGUUUGUUUGAGCUUUACAGAAAUAAAUAUCAAACUCAAAACAUGUUGUAGCUCUAUAAAAUAUGUUGACAAAGUUUACCUAAAACAUAGCCUAUAUUUCAUGAUCUUGGUGAGGGGUUGAGAAAUGAAGUAAACUUUGUUUUGAAAAACUGGUGAUAUAGGGAGGUUUUCUUUUUACUUUGUAAAGGAUUUAAAUCCAUAGAAGCUAGAUAAGCUAUCUGCAUCGACUAAUGCACACCUCCCAGGCUCAUCAGAGUGCCAUAAGAACAACAGUGAAUAUCAUAUUGACCAGUUGAACACAAUUUGAUACACAAGUUCCAUACACCCUAACCCUUGUUAUCUUGAGCAUCUGGUACUAUAUUUGAUGUAUUUGUUAUAAACUAGACUUGCCUAAAAUGUUAAAAAUAUUUGCAGCAACAGAGAAAAUCAAGAACUCUGUGGAAAAGGUGCACAUUUGGUUGAGUACAUUUAUGUGGCUAUCUUCAAUUUUCUGUUGUUAAUAGUUUUGUUAAUAGGAUUUUUUUUCUCAAUAAAAAUCAUCUUUGUGAUAUGCAAAUUCUCCAAGUAAUAAUUACACUGAAUGUCAUUAUUAUUAUGAUUAUUUUCAUAUCAAAUUAAAUUUAAAGUGUAAAUGUAAAAUGGACUGAAAUAUCACGUUUGGCUAAUUAAAUAGACAAGUUUCUCUAUCAAACAUGAAAAGCCACAUGAUAGAAAACUUGUAUUCAUUAAAUAAAGCAUGAUUUUUUCAUUUAUACAUUUUGAAAUAAGAGUUGCUUCCAUAUUGGAAAAUAAAACUCACUAAUCCCUCAAAGUUUUAUGAGGUGUUUUCUGGCAUAGCUAAAGAGCAUUAGUGGAUGUCUUUUGUAUAUAAAAAAAAAGCAUGAAAUGUUCUCCUUGUGAAGGAGCUUUGUAUUAAAUUAUUUAUGAAAUAAAA